UUCAGCAAGGUGUUCAUUUUACCAUCCCGAUUCAUUUUACCACCACUUCCCCUACCACCUACCUAAAUUUAUUUUGCCCACCCUAGUGGCGAAACCACAGUAGCCUUUCGUUUCUAACCAACGAACGUGUCAAACAUGGCCCGUGCAACAACCAUCAAGGAAGCCCUGCAACGUUGGUCCACGGAACGAGCUGGAGAAGACCCGACUACGGCAAAAGAUAUUCAACUGCAGUUCCAAUGGCCCCCAAUAGAAAAGAUGGAUGGCACAUUGUCUACAUUGGUAGAAUGCGAAAAGCUCAGUUUAUCAUCAAACAUGAUCGACAAAAUCGUCGGACUGAAUGGGAUGAAAAACCUUCGUAUCCUAUCCCUGGGACGAAAUUACAUUAAAACGUUGACCGGACUUGAAGUGGUCGGUGAAACACUGGAAGAGCUGUGGGUCAGCUACAAUCUCAUCGACAAGCUGAAGGGUGUCGAAAAUCUGAAGCGUCUCAAAGUGCUCUACAUUGGGAACAACUCGAUCCGUGAGUGGGGAGAAUUCAACAAGCUGCAGGCGGUCCCCACUCUGGAGGAACUACUGUUCGUUGGGAACCCUCUGGUCGAGAACAUCGAUGGGGUCGCCUAUCAGCGAGAGGUGUUGAAAAGGUUACCGUUCCUGAAAAAGCUGGACGGGGAAGCUCUGCUAGCGGAUGAAGAUUGACAGCUUUCCGGCGUGAUAUAUGUUUGCAUGGCGGUUAGGGUUACCAGACGUACAUGAUGUGAACAUGGUGUCAGCUCAAAUUUUUGUGAGAAUACUAAAAAAUAUAUUUCCAAAACUCUAUUCUAAAGAAUUGAAAAAAGUUCUCUUUCCGGUGAAAGCAAAUAUGGUAACCCUUGUGGAUGUCGCUUGAAUUUAAAACAGACAGCAGCGGAUCAACGAUGGUUUACCUUUUUUUUCAUAUCUUGCGAAAUCAGGAAGAUAUGACAAGUCUUUUUUUAACAGAUUCCAAACGAUGGUGUAAAAACCGUCAUAAAUCUGUCAUUCAAGCUUUUGUACAUUUUUCUGCCAUUGAAUGUCUGUAUGCAGCAAACGAUGUAAUUUCUUGUGGAAGGGGAAGCAGAAAGUCUGAAUAUGGGAAGCGGAAACAUUGAGUUUGAAAAGACCUCGUAGGAUAAAACAAGUUAAGGUUUCUCGCAGGACUCUGUCAUCGUUAGUGACAUCAACUUGACAACACUGAACUGAUGAACUUUACAUACCAUCAUUUUUUUUUUUCAAUGAAACAAAUAAAUCCCUCAUUCAUACAUACAUAAAACUUGAAAGUUCUCUCUUUAACCGACCGGCAUGAAGAGGAAGAAUUCUAAUAUUAUUUCUUUCAAAAUUCAUAUAAAGUUGAGCAAUUCGAUUAACUACAGCAUUCAACGGAAAUUUUACUGAUAGGGUGCCUGUACUAAUGGUUGAGGGUGUACCAUUAGUUAAAACCUCGACGGGAGAAACCGACAUGGAAUUUCUGUAUGUCAGAGUGAGCCCGGCUCACAGUGACAGCUCUUAAAAAAUGAACAAACAUGCGAUAAAAGCGCGUAAUUGAGCGAAACAUAUUUUCGCAUUUCAUCAAUCGUGACAAAAAUCUAAUGAGAAUCAAUUCAUGCUUAUUUACCUUGCUCACUUUUAUUCUGAUUGUAAAUUAAGUAUUAAAAUACGCAUCUUUUCAAUUUUACCACCAAAAAUGAAAAUGAAAUGCAUAGAAUACUAUGGUCCUUUUCCCACAUUUUUUACGGAAAGAUCGAUUGUACGUAACAAAAGAAAACUAGUGAUUUUCAUCAAGUCUGCCUUGACUUGAGUCAUUGACUCAUCAUGUAUAAUCUAUAUAAAUAAA